UCCACCUCUAAUAGAAUAGAAAUUUUGUUAAUUUGUUUACAAAAUGCGAAACUACAAGAGGAAAACGCCGAAGAGAGAUCCCGAUAUUCUUCGUGGAGCAGUUGCAGCUAUGAAAUCGGGAAUUUCCCUACGAGCGGCAUCCAUUACUUUCGGGAUACCAAGAAGUACGCUCUUGCUCCAUCGCAGAAAUAACGAGACUAUAUUGCCAGACGAUUCGGUACCAUCAGAGGUGGAUAUAAAUGAUGUGGAGAUAACCUUAGUGGGAUACAAAGGAGUUUUCACCACAGAACAGGAAGCUGUUUUGGAAGACUUUCUCUUUAUAGCCAACGAUUAUUUUGGAUUGACGGCGAAACAAGCUCGAUCCCUGGCCUAUCAAUAUGUUAAGAAAGCUGAUGUCCUCUGUCCCUUUUCCUGGCAUCGUGAUCAAAUGGCCGGUUUGGAAUGGUUUCGCAGCUUUAAGGCCCGACACCCAAAAUUGAUCCUAACUAAACCCGAACAAAAUGUGGAACCAAUGAAUUUAUCUGAAUUCUUUGAAAAUUACUUUUCGGUAGAGAAAACGGAGUAAAUUCGAUGGUUUUUUA